UAAAGCUAUUCUCGACCCAUAUCCAACAAUCCCAGUCUCCCUGCCCACAUCCUCCCCCAAGAUGGGGCGUACUGGCAUCGGCGUGCUCCAUCGCCGCCCCGGACACACAACGGCGACGCCACGACCAAUGAGAUCCGCGCGAGGAGGGAGGUGCAUUAGGGGGGAUUCGGGCUGCUCACCGGCCAAGCCCUCCGACGAGCGGCCAGACCCAGGCGAGGUGGAUUUCAUGGGUGAGCCCCUGUUCCCUUCCUCCUCUUCUGCGAGAUCUGGCCCGGCUGUGUUAUUGCUAGGAGUGGUCUUUUUGGUUCUACGAGAACCUAAUGUCCAAGACUUCAGGUUAAGUUCAGCCGCCCUGCGAGCAAGAGCACCAUGUACCUCUACUACGAGGGCAUGCCAGAUUCUCCACAAGCUCAGCCGCGAGUCACACGACAUCCUCUGCAGGAACUGUAACCACUUCUACUAUGUGCUCUGCCAUAAUCUCGGCAUCCCCAAGCUUCCAAGUAAGGGAAACAAUCUGAAUUAUGGCGAGGACUGGAAUUAUGUGCUCAUGAGGCUGUUACCUCAAACGCUGCGCCAGUUUUUUAGGUACUUGCGCAUCACAUAUUCGAUCUGAAUUUGGCAUGAACACGGCGUCUAGAGGAGCACACAAGGCAAUGGAGUGAUGAAUGAUGCCUUCGUUUUCUAGAUGGCAAAACUAUGUAUGAAACACACUCAAAUGUAUGUACCCCAAAAGAAUCUCACAAGGCAAAAGUAAAUGAGUAUAUGUUGAUUGGUGCCGAACAUACAAAAUUGUAUAUAUACGAAUGGAGCUCCCUAGAGCAACUAGCACUUGUUAUUUACCAGUUUAUAUCAGAUGCCAUUUUUAGAGGGCCACUAAAUAUACUACUUUCAGGUUUCAGCCAAUCAAGGCAAUGACACUGUACCUCUUCUCUUAUACAUUCUUCUUUCUAUUUACAUCCUGUUCUCAAAA